AUGCCACCUGAUCGCGUGGAGCUGACACCAGUAUCCACCAAACUAAAAGACUCGAAUGGCCAGACGGUUCCAGAGCUCGAUGACUCGCCGUCCAGCCCAAUGUGCUCCCCGGACAGUCCCGCCCUGUCUCAAACUGGCUGGACAAGUACGUCGUGGCCUGCUGCACAGCUGUUCGUUCCAAAGCAGGGCGCGAAUGCUAGCAUCGACGUCGGACUGCAUUUAACCACAGAGGUUCUAGGCCGGGGCUCAUUUAGCAAGGUUAUAAAGGCUAGGGGUCUUCAUGGGGUCUAUGCUGUGAAGUUGCUCCGUAAAGGAAUGCCAGGCGACCUUGAGGACGAAGCAAGAAUACUACAAAAACUGAACGAUCCCGGGAACCCGAAUGUGAUUCGGCUGCUCGGGCGCUGGAACGGCGGGCUUGUGUUCCCGAUCUACGAGGGCACUCUAACGAGCGCCGUCGCAGAGUUUUCCGCGCAGUGGGCACAAAAACAGACCGAUUUGAGCUUCACGUUCGAGGAUCUCAAUGGACCGCUAUGUGGCCGCCAGCGAUGGCACGACUGGGCAAAGCAACUCGCCUCCGGCCUCGCCUACGUCCACUCCAAGCACAUGGUACACGGGGACCUGAAGCCCAACAACAUUUGCUACAGCCCCGGCCGAGAUAGACUUGUGCUGACCGACUUCUCCACGACCGUCGACGACGAUGCAGCGUUUUCGCUCAUUUACGCGUCGCCCAGCCUGCGGGCCGGCCAGACGCCGUCCCCAGAUUCUGACAUGUACGCACUGGGGGUGGUUUUGCUGUUCUGCGCCACCGGAACCGAGCCGUAUGGCGAGGCAAAAAAUACCCAACAGCGACUGCUGUGGAUGGACAAGCUGGUGCCCCAGGACAGUUACAGCCCCGAGAUGUGCCGCCACUUUGCCAACGAGCUGCCCAUGCUCAACGAAUUGCUGUCCCUCACACCCGUAUCAGCGACCAAAUUUGCAGCCGACGUCGCCAAUUCCUGA